AUGCCUCCACCGCCAAAGCCGAAGCCGCCCCUCAAAAUGUUUAUCGCCUUGAACAGUAUCCGUAAUACGACCUUCGCGGUGGAAGACGACUUCUUUUACUACGAGGUCGUCACCCGAUUCUGGAACCCCAACAUUACGAAGAUUAUCCAGCACGACUUUGAGGUUCGGGAGCUGACACUGCGUGCUGAGAUCGAGGGACUGCACUCUCCUGCGCCACGAGUUCGCUUCGGUGGCGAGAAGGGCGAGUGGGUGCCUGCAUCGCAAUUCGUCAAGUUUGAUCCGGACAGCCAGGGCGGAACGUUCGCUACUGCCUCUGGACUCGAAUUCACCUGGAAGCUGGUUAAAAGGCGAUGGCAGUUAGUCCGUGCUGACGAUCCAGAACAGAAGGUGAUCGACUUUCGCCCAUACAAGCGACACGGAUUCGUCUUUCGGAUGUCACAACAUGCCUACCUCGAGGUCAAGCCCGAAAGUGAGGUGACCGAUGCUUUCGACCGGAUCAUCGCUAGCUACCUGCUUGUCGAGAGAAAGCGGAGAGCGGCACGGCCCACUGACAAGAUUAAGCUGCUCAGCACACGGGCAAUAUAUGCGACAGUAUGGAAUAAAUAG